UCAAGAGUCGCCAGCCGAUCCUCGAGAGGCGCUCGUCUCUCUUUAAUUCUGGACGGAAGAUCUCAACGCCUGGGUUAGACAAGAGCUGGAGAACUUUUUUAUUUUUCUUGAGCUGAGAACAUUUUUGAACAAUGAGUUGAGUCUCCCAUGCACUAGUCCCCACCUCUUUAUUGUGGGUUUGAUCAGUGUGCUGCUUUCCUCCUCCUGAGCCUCCCAGGGUGCAGCCAGGAGCCCCUGUGAGGGAACCACGCGGAUGGCCGGGCAGUAGCGGGUGGUGCCCAGCGUCCCAGGAGCUCACGACAUGCAGACGCUCAACAUCACCCCCGAGCAGUUCACACGGCUGCUGCGGGACCACAACCUGACGCGAGAGCAGUUCAUCGCACUGUACGGGCUUCAGCCGCUCGUCUACACCCCGGAGCUGCCCGCGCGCGCCAAGCUGGCCUUCGUUCUCACCGGAGUGCUCAUUUUCGCCCUGGCGCUUUUUGGCAACGCGCUGGUGGUCUAUGUGGUGACUCGCAGCAAGGCCAUGCGCACCGUCACCAACAUCUUCAUCUGUUCCUUGGCGCUUAGCGACCUGCUGAUCACCUUCUUCUGCAUCCCGGUUACUAUGCUGCAGAACAUCUGGGACAACUGGCUAGGGGGUGCCUUCAUUUGCAAGAUGGUGCCUUUUGUCCAGUCUACUGCUGUUGUGACAGAAAUUCUCACUAUGACCUGCAUUGCUGUGGAAAGGCACCAGGGACUUGUAUAUCCCUUUAAAAUGAAGUGGCAGUACACCAACCAAAGGGCUUUUACAAUGCUAGGUGUGGUCUGGCUGGUGGCUGUCAUUGUAGGCUCACCCAUGUGGCAUGUGCAAAGACUUGAGAUCAAGUAUGACUUCCUAUAUGAAAAAGAACACAUCUGCUGCUUGGAAGAGUGGGCCAGCCCUGUGCACCAGAAAAUCUAUACCACCUUCAUCCUUGUCAUCCUCUUCCUCCUGCCUCUUAUGGUGAUGCUUGUCCUGUAUAGUAAGAUUGGUUAUGAACUUUGGAUCAAGAAAAGAGUGGAAGAUGGUUCAGUGCUUCGAACUAUUCAUGGAAAAGAAAUGUCCAAAAUAGCCAGGAAGAAGAAGCGAGCUGUUAUUAUGAUGGUAACAGUAGUGGCUCUCUUUGCUGUGUGCUGGGCACCUUUCCAUGUUGUUCACAUGAUGAUUGAAUACAGUAAUUUUGUAAAGGAAUAUGAUGAGGUCACAAUCAAGAUGGUUUUUGCUAUAGUGCAAAUAAUUGGAUUUUCCAACUCCAUCUGUAAUCCCAUUGUCUAUGCAUUUAUGAAUGAAAACUUCAAAAAAAAUUUUCUGUCUGCAGUUUGCUAUUGCAUAGUAAAAAAAACCUUGUCUCCAGCACGGAGGAAUGGACACUCGGGAAUUACAAUGAUGCAGAAGAAAGGAAAAUUAUCCCGGAGAGAGAAGCAAGUAGAGGAAACCAAAGGAGAAGCAUUCAGUGAUGGCAACAUUGAAGUCAAGUUCUGUGAACAGCCAGAGGAGAAAAAAAAUCUUAAGCGACAUCUUGCCCUCUUUAGUUCUGAAUUUUCUGAGAAUUCAGCUUUAGGCAGUGGGCAUUAAUUGUAACAAUGUCUUCAUAAUUAAUAAAACGAAUUAUAAUCUGAAUGUUAUUUCGAGCAAAGGUCAAAGACUUAUUUUUAAAAUGGUGAAAAGAAGGAAAGAAAUCACAUUUCUCCAAUUUAAAAUGACAUUAUACAUGAAAGUACAAUUUCAAAAAAUUGCUAAACCAUCCCCAUAGGUUGUUAAAAUGGAGUUUUAAAGAUCUUGUAUAGAAACCAAUGUUCUUGGCUAGAAAUUUUUCCCUGUGUAGUGAAUAUAAUGUGAUUUUUUACAUAUUGCUAAAUUGGAUGAAAAAAUAUUAAAAGUAUAUUUUCUUUCUUGAGUAUUAAUAGCUGAACAUCAUGCUAUAAUUUGUAACGUACUGUUGUUGUGAAGUUAUACAAACUUUUGCAAAUGAAAUCUGUGCCAUAAUCACGAAGUCAAAGAAGAUGGAGAAGCAGCCAAAAGAUGAUCAAGUAGACUUAGAAGUAGAUGUCUGUAUUAGAACUUCUUAUAGCCCUACAAGUUACCAUUUCUGUGAUGACCGGCAAUUUACUUAACCUUUUUGUCUCUUUUCACUCUUCAUUUGUUCCUGUGCAAACUGGAGAUGUUACCUUUUCUAGUUCGCAAAGUCACAGUGAAAGCAUAAUGAGACAUGAGCAGAAAUGCAGUCUGUGCUCUAAAGCACCUUCAAGUUUUGCAGUGCUUUGCUGGGUCCUCUUGCUGAGGCCUCUUCUCAUUCCUGCUUCCUUCUGAGACUUGCUCCCUACCCCAUCCCUGCCCAGUGUUCACCUCAUGCCUAUUCUGUAACUGAUUUCUCUAAAAGAAAUUUAGAAUAAAAAAUCAAAAGAAUUAAAUCAAAAGAAUUUAGGGAGCUCAAUUUUUGAUGAACUGUAAUAUAAUUGGAUCAACCCAACAAUCUCUUAUGUUUUUAAUCCCCUUCUUUUCACUAGAAGGAUUGAAUAUUUUUUGUUAUGUAAACAAGUUUUUUCUAUGUAGUAAGUAGAUGGAAUAAUCAACAGUAAUCCAUAAAGUUUUGCUGUGCCCAAGGCUAACCUCCUAGAACUGGGUCAAGAAGAACAAUAGAGAUACUUGGCCAUAUUAAAACCCCCCCAAAUUUACUUCAGUCUCUUGACUUCCAAAUGUCAUGGAUCCAGAGGCCAGUAUUACAGCCCUCUGUCAUUUCCCUUUCAACAGCUGAUAUUUCCAAAGUCCAGUCACAGCCUUAGGGUCAAAAUGUAUUUUCUGCCUCUAGCUCUGCAGCACUUAUUCUCCCAGUUACACAAAGAAAAUAAGAGAAGUCCAAGAAUUCUCAGGAUAUUUUAUUAUUUAAGCUUUAAUAUUGGAAAACCAACGAACUCAGGUUUUGGAGACUCUCGAGUUACAGACCUUUAAUUUUAUGUCACUGAAGCAUGUAUUAAAGAGGCAAAAAUGAAACUGUGUGGUGUUUAAAAAAGUGUCAUUGUGACACAGAAAGAUAAACAAAGUGAAGAGAAUGGGACUGCUUAUUUAUUUGAUUUGUAUGGACAUGGAUCACUUUGGUAAUUUAUGUAAACUGUCUACCCAUUAUUCCUGAUUACCCUGUAGCAAAACACUGAUGAUCAUUAAACAUUAAACCAUUAAAAAUGAGUAUGAGUCA